AUGAUUGGAGGCGACCAUACUCACGGUGCAGAGGCUGUCAAUUCUCGAAAAAUACUGAUAUAUUUUGAGUCAUUUGAGUUUGUUUUCAUGACACACAUGUUGAUGGAUGUAUUGGGAUACACAUAUGCCUUAAAUAGAUCUUUGCAAAUGAGAGACAGUUUUAUGAUCAAUGGCAUUAAGCUCAUUGAUACUACAAAGCAUCAGUUAGAAAAAAUGCUGGGGGAUGAUAAAUGGGAAAAUUUUCUUAAAGAUGUCACUACUUUUUGUGCGAAGCAUGACAUCAAAGUCCCAAGCAUGGAUGAUAUUUAUGAGCCAAUUUUAAAACCAAAGGGGUUCUUGAGAAAAGUCAAGAAUCUCCAACAUUACCGUGUUGAAAUUUUCACAAGCAUCCUUGAUAGAGCACUUCAAGAGUUGAAUGACAGGUUUGAUGAGAUGAACAUAGAUUUUCUUCUUGGCGUGGCAUCACUUGAUCCAGCUUGUUCAUUUUACCCAUAUAACAAAGACAGGUUACUUGAACUUGCUUGCUCUUAUCCAGAGGACUUCUCAAGCACAGAUUUGUUGCAUCUUCCAAGCCAGCUUACACGGUUUAUUGCUGAUAUGCGUGAGGAUGAAAGGUUUAGAAAAGUGGAAAGUUUUGUUGAGCUUUCUGUUAUGCUUGUUAAAACCAAGAAGAGCCUCAAACAUCCUAUUGUUUACAAGCUUCUUAAAUUGGUGCUGGUUCUUCCAAUAGCAACUGCUAGUGUUGGAAGGGAGCAGAGCAAGCUGGACGUGACCAUUGCUCUUACUCCAGAGAACUACCUGUCAAGGUAUCUUCAGACUCUUGUAUUAAAGGCAGGCAAAAUUAUCAACAUCCUCUUGCUUUUGGUGAGGUCUGAGUCUGAGAUGCACAUUGACCUGUCAUUGGCAAGCACAUUCAGUGGCGGUCCCCUUGUUAGGGUGAAAGAACCAGAAUCGGCAAGUUGGGUGGUGGCUGUGCUGGUGGUGAGGAAGAAAGGAAUGACUAAUGAGAAGAUAAAAAGUGCGACUUCUGUUUAA